AAGAGGUUAGGUGUCAAUUGUCUGUUGAUGUGAGCUGUCAGGCGAAGAAAAACCAUCCGUCAGAAGUUGAACAUAUUUUCAAAGUUUUCGAUAUCAACAAUAUCGCGUGAAUGUUUCAUCAGUGAAUAUGGAGAACGUGGAAAUUGAAGAUUUUUAUCAUUAUGACUUUACAACUGCAACAGAGUGGGAAGUAUUUAUUGCAAGGCUGGAAGAAAUAAUGCACGAGUGGAAACUGCCCCAGACGAAAAUUGGGCCUUCCUUGAAAGCUAAGGACUUUGUCAAUUUGUCAUGGGAUGAACAAUCAGAGGAAUUGAAUUUCGCAGACGUUGGAUUUGUCCUAAAACAUUAUAAAUUAAAAAUAGAGGAUGAAGGAGAGGAGGAAGAUGCUUUUCGUGAGAGUACCCAAACGCACAUCGAUGUUCUCAACAUCUCCAACGAUUUUCUGAGGGUUGACGGUGACCACAUGAAAAUCGCCAAAUACUACGGUCUGAGGGAAUUCAUAGUUCUGGCUCCAACCAAACGAAUGGCAAUCACAGAUGAAACGAGAUUAAAAAUUCUCAUUGGCUCUUUGACAAUCGCAGCUAACAAUGCCAACUGUGAAAUUCCAGCUCUAGUUCAAGGCCAAGAAUUGUGGCAGCAAUUCUACCUCGGUAUCAGCGUUGGGAGAGGAACAAUGUCGCAUUUAGACAUGGUGCAUUUGAAAAAAACACCACCUCACUGUAGACACCUCACAGGCUUGCUGGCCCUUUUCAAACAAAAAGUCAACAAUGACUGUGGCAUAAGACUCGAGCCAGUGAUGGUCUCCGUGAGAUUUUCUUAUCUGCUGAAAGAUUGGACGAGUCACACGUGGACACAAGAACCCCCUGACUUCGAUUUUAUGCAGGGGGAGACCGUUGGUGUCGCCGAACUGGGAAAACUGCCCUUCGGAGCAACUUUUGAUCCUGUUGGAGAACUCAAGCUCUUCACCACUUGGCCCCAGAUGGCCGAGAAUGUAGUGAUAGACAGUGAAAGUUUCACGGAUUUAGAACCCCAACUUGCACCAGAAUGGUCUGCAGUUGUCAAAAUGAUCCCCUCUCCAGCUUGCCUCCUUGGAGAGUAUCUAACCGACUUUCUGGCACUCUGCAACAACCCCAGGAGUCUCGUAGAAAUGCUCGGAGAUGCUGCUGCCUACAUGGAUAAUUCAGAUCAGCUGUUGAGCUCUGCUUUCAACAGAUUAACUGAAUCCAGUAUUCCAACAAUAUCCAAAGUUGUCAAUAAAGUUCCGCGGAAAAACAGUAAAAAUGUGGAUGGACCUAUUGCUGAGGAAGUCAUGAUACCUAUACUCUAUUUUCUCUUUCCUGAUGCCGAGGAAAAUCCAAAAUCUCCAUAUGGCGAUAUGAACAGUUACAGUGGCGACGACGAUUUGUGGAAAGGAAUAAAAACGUGUGCCCUUGAGGGAUUAGUCUGGAGAUUGGCUAUAGUGGCAGCUCACUGCACCCACAAUCUGGGAGGUGCUGUUGCUUUAGCUCAACUCUGGCAUGAGUUCGUCCAGGAAAUACGUUUCCGGUGGGAACGUAGCAUUCUGAUCCCAGGUUGAAGACGUUUUAAUCUUCCUGCCGAUUUGAGAAGUUAUUCCCGAUAUCUGUGAUUUUUCAAGUUUUUCACAAAUUUAUGGGAAACGAUUGAUGAAAUUCAGGUGAGCCAUAAUUGUGAGUAGCAGAAAAAUGAAAAUAUUUACACGAAGAAUUGUGCAAGGAAAACGGCAUUUCCGCCCCAGUUAUAUGCAGUCCAUGAGUAUCUAAACAUCCGAGUUCUUCAUAACGGAUUUGAAACGAGCCGUUCAUGAUAGAGAAAAUGAUCUUCAUGCAUGGAGCUGGUGAAAAUAAUUUUACUAAUUACCGUGCAUCGCUCGCAGGAAAGAUUCGAUAAUUGGUUGGAUGUGGAUUUAAUAAUCGCACAGAUAUAAAUAUUCAUUAAAAAAUACGCAACAAUUCACGUAACUCGCCAAGAGAGAAUUUUUCAGCUGAAUCUCUCUCAGGAUGCAGUAUUUUUAUUAAAAAAAAAUGUAAUUAUCUUAGGAGUAUUCACUCGCCUCCAGACGUCCUUCGCAGAGUCCUUAACAUUUUAAUGGAUGAUGUGUCUGUACAUUCCUUUUACCCCCCACAUGUACAUCUCAUUGUUUUAAUAUUCGAUCCAUCAUUACGAGAUGGACAUUACCCAAUCCGAUUAGCGAGAAAUCUCGCGAUUCCACGCACAGAGGAAUUUCUUGGCCUUUCACUUUCAUUCCGUUGAUUUUUGUCAGAUAUUUAUUAUCCCCUGAAUUUUCCUGAUACAGCGGAAUGAUCCAAUCAUUUAUUCCUGAGAAUCAUCAUGUGUCAAUAAUUCGAAUACUUUCGUUACUCUUGGAAAGUUUGAAACUAUCGCCCAGAGGUUUCGAUUAAUUUAAAUAAAUAAAGGUCUUUCUCAACCCAAUGGCAUCCGCACUAAUGGAAAAUAAAUUCUUUCAACAUUCAAGAUUUAUUCGGUGCCAGAGAAUAUUAUCUUCUCAAUUUUUCAAGUCGUGAAAUCCACUGACGAUUUAUUUUUUUUCUCACAGAGAAAAAUGUCCCUCAACCGCAAGAGAUUCUCUCGUCUUACAUUUCUUAUGAAAUUCUCGGGAAAAUAUGAUAGGCAUUUUAACGAGAAUUCCACAAAAUCGGGUAGACAGUUAUAAAAAGUUUAACGUACAAAAAAUCGCGGGAAGGAAAUUCCGGCGAUUCUAAAAUUUCCUGUGGAAAUCAAAAUAAUUUUUUGGGAAUUCCUCUAUAUGGCGAUUAUUAGAAAUUUCCCGGAGAAAAAUUGAUAUGCUAUUUACAAAAUGAAUAUU